GUAUGUAACCCCCAGCCUGGAGCGAGUCAAAUUGUUUUUCUUGCAGGAGUAAACAUUGGAGAGUACACGUAUUUGGGGAUCGUUUCUUCAUUUCCAUUACCCGCCACGGUAGAUUACCUAGAUUCCCGGUUACACUACACGUGGAGAGUCUGAGGUACCACGGAUCGUUUGCUUCAAGAAUACAGCGCCGUGCCCGCAACCAAGACAAGAAAAUCACAAAGGAUGGCAGACUCCGACUUGGCCAGGCCCUCCCCCAAGACUGCGGCUGCCAGGGACGUGGUUCUUUGGAGGCUCAAUUCUGGAUUCCGGACAAUGGAUCAAAGUGGACAGCCCUGCCCGUCCGUGCCCGCUGCCCAGCUCUUUUUCAAGCCCCCCAGUCAUAGCCGUCCUGGGAGGGGUUUUGAUUCUGGCCAGCGACCACCUGGCCAUUUGUUUCUCGAUGGAUUUGCUCGCGGGAAUAGCAUUUCAGAAGGGGGAAUGACCAUAGAGAUCUUCACCGCAGAUCCCGGCAUUUGAUACGGCUAUAAUAACCACCAUGCUACCAUCGUGAACGAAACGCUCUCUCAACAGUCAAAAAUGCUACCCCUCCAUUUCAACGCUCAGCUGCCCAGCUGGCCCCCCUCCUCCGUCCCCCAAAGUCGAGCUCCCCCGGUCCCUGCCGCAGCACGCGCUUGUCGCACCAGCCUCUGCCUCGGCCCUCACAAGACAUGUCAAACCUGGCCUGGCGUGGUGGGACUUUGAGACCUUGCUCAGAAUUACAGCACACUUGCUUUCCCAGAACAGGAUUCACCAUCUGCAAGUCGACAGGAAGAUCUUGUCCAUCUUUGGAGGGUCGCUUAUGGCGCACGAAAUCAGUCCAAUCGUGGAAGCGAUGCCAUGGAAAUUGUCCCUGAAUUGCUCCUCUCAGCAACAGCUGAAGCCUGGAAGAGGGAGCCAUCUACUUAUUCUAUCUAAACCCAUAUCGAGAGAUGGGACUAAUGACGUAUGUAGGGUUCACUGCAGGAAUAGACAACUUCUAGACUGUGGUUUCUCAACAGCCGCUGCCGCGACGUGCAUCUGCUUGUUUGAUGGUGCAUUUUGAGCUUUUUAUGAAUGAACAAUGCAAAAAAAAAAAAAAAAAAAAAAAAAAAAAAAGUCUUUCGUCUCCGGGGAGUCUUUUGUUUUCGCUCAUUAUUAUUUUGUCCGCCGGGAACCAACUCCAGCCUUUCCCAACUUUUGGAGCGCCAAACCGGUCCACUGGAAAACGGAGAUUGACGGCAGCUUUUUGUUCCCUUGCUGCCGCCCACGCGAUAUAUUUUUCCAAAUAUAGCACAGCGGUGUCUCUGGGGAGUUCGUCAUCCUUUUUGCCCCCCUUCAUCACUUUGUUAUGUGAAUGA